AUGUCCACAGUCGCAAGCCUUGGAAGCUCUAAUUCGGGCGUGCUUCACGAAUAUGCGCCCAGGCUUGUAGCUUUUGAGUUCACAUCGCCCACCAGCAACAGCAAGAAACCACAUAGUCUUAUAUUUGUUGGCGGCUUAACGGAUGGUCUCUGUACCGUUCCAUACGUCUCCAAAUUGGCGAAGGCUCUGGAGAACACCGAAUGGUCGCUGUUCUCCCUUCUGUUGACAUCCUCGUACAAUGGUUUUGGUACCAGCAGCCUGGACAAGGACGUCGAAGAGAUCAGCAAGUGCGUGCACUUCGUGAAAGAGCUGAAAGCUGAUCAAGUAGCCGGACCAUCUAAAAUUGCUGGGAAGAUAGCGGUCAUGGGACACUCGACUGGCAGCCAAGAUGUUCUACACUAUCUAUACGCGCCCAAUCCGCUCUCCAAACCCGAAUUUGACGUCGGACUCGAUUAUGUCGUCCGCCCGAAGAUAGAUGGCGCAAUCAUGCAGGCCGCUGUGUCAGACCGUGAAGUUAUUCUCGAUGCACUCAAGUCGGCAAAUCAUCAGGGUGAAGUCACAGGCGCCUAUAAACAAUUGGUAAACCUCGCCAAGACCAUGCCAUGGACCCAUAAUGGAAAAGACGCAAUUCUUCCCAUGGACUUGACCGCCGUGCUCGGGUUGCCAGGCGACGCUCCCCUGAGCGCUCGAAGAUUUCUCAGCCUGGCCAGUCCCGACAGUCCAGAUUCGCCAUCAGAAGAUGAUCUGUUUAGUUCCGACUUGAGUGACAAGCGUUUGGAACAGACCUUUGGAAAGAUUGGCACUCGCGGACUCUUGGGGUCUAAGCUCUGCGUUCUUCAGUCGGCAAACGAUGAGUUCUGUCCGAGCUGGAUCGACAAAGAAGCUUUGAUGGAACGCUGGAAAUCUGCAACCGAGGCUGGCGGCAUUGAAUGGGACACAGAGGCUAGUGGCAUUGUACCUGGUGCUAGCCACAACGUUCAAGAUUUAGGCCAGGAGGAUUUGAUUGAACGCAUUCUACGCUAUUUGAGUGGCCUUUGA